GUCAAAACUCCAGAUCAACACAGCUUUCUUGAUUGAGCAGUGACAGUGAGAGCUUAACAGCCAAAAUGGUGAAAUUAACAGAUGCACAGGAGCAAUACAUCAAGGGUGUUUGGAAGGAAGUGGAUCAGAAACAAAUAACUGCCAAAGCCCUGGAAAGGGUGUUCAAGGUCUAUCCAUGGACAACCAGGCUGUUUACCAAGCUCGGUGGCCAUUUUGCAGCCGGUGACAGUGGUGUUCAGAGUCACGCAGAGAAAGUGCUAAAGUCUCUGGGCGACGCUGUUGAUGAUUUGAAGAAAGUCGAAAGUAAUUUCCAAAACUUGAGUGCUAAACAUCAAGAAAUCGGAGUGGACACUCAAAACUUCAAGCUUCUUGGCCAGACCUUCAUUGUUGAACUGGCUCUUCAUUACAAGAAAGGAUUCAGACCAGAGGAACAUGAAGCUGCCUUCAAGUUUUUUAAACUGGUUGCAGAAGCUCUCGCCAGCAACUACCAUUAAAUCUAGAACCUGCAGCCUCCACCACCUUCAGAAAUGCAAUGAAAACAUGUAUUAUCAGCACCUACUAGGUGUUGUUUGCUUAAAGAGCUUGUGCUACAUCAGAUAUAAGUCAUGAUAAUGUAAAUGUGGUAUAAAAUUCCUCUUUACAUGGUCAUUUUUCCUCAAAGCUUCAAAAAUGUAAACAUUCUUUCUGCAUCAAUAAAGAAACAAUAUUUCCUUCAAAA